CCAACCUGAAUAUCAGAAGUAAAGAUCAAGAAGGAAGCAACCGCAUUCAGGACAGGGAAAGCCCGCCUCCCUUACUUCCGGUCCCGCCCUUCUCUAGGAGCGCGACGGAGAUUGGCCCCCGGAGCGGAGGGCGCGGACUGGGCGGGACUUCCGGUCUUUUUCCGGAGAGGAAAGACGCUUCCCCCGGUUGCGGGAAGAUUUGAAUUGCUGUUGAUUUCCUGUGUUUUCUUUGCGGGUUCAUAGUUGGCGCUGCCGCCCUUUUCCCGCUACCCUGACACGACGGACGUCUCGUCCAGAACACUCUCUCUGUGACCUUAUUCCUCUGCGGCUGUGAUUGUUUUCUCUCAUCAAGAAACAUCACCGUUGGUAAUUUGUCAAAUUCAAGAAAUAUCCCUGGAGAAGCGGUCGUGGGCAGGCUUCAAGCAUUUUGGCAAAUUAAAGGGGCCUUUGGCCUCAUUUCCAGGAAUUUUCAUCUCAGAACUGCCGUGUGAGUCCCAGACGUUGGUUAUUGUUUUGUCUUCACCCUGGAAGGACAUUUUAUCCAUAGUCCUAGUAAUGGCAGCGGAAGUGCGAAUGGUACUUUAUGAAGACGAUUCAGUGCAAGUGCAAUAUGUUGAUGGUUCCAGACUGCAGCUUUCUCCAUGUGGCUCUGAAUUUUUAUUUGAAAAGGCACCUCCUGUUUCAGCACAUCCUUUAGAACAACCAGAAAGAAUUCGUCAAAGGACACACUUCGUUAUUAGCACUUACCGAGAGCAACUACAGCGAGCCCUAGAUUUUCGAAAUUCUUUUGCUGUUUGCCCUUUUUUAUCUGAAACCAUCAUACCUUCUGAAAGAAAAAAGCGUAUCUUCAUUGACUUCUCAGAAGUGAGAUGGCCCAGUCCUGACACUGCUGAUGGUGUGGUAUGUACGCAGAGGGGCAGCGUGAAGAUAGCAUCGUUGGAUGGGCACGCAUACCUUUGCCUUCCCAGAUCGCAGCAUGAAUUUAUAGUACAUUUUUUGUGUAAAGUAAGCCAGAAGUCAGACUCGUCUAUAGUAUUGUCAGAAAAGAAGAAUCAAGCCAGAAAGGACAAACUAGUUGAGAAAGCAGGCAAAAUCUGUACAUAUGGAAGUUUAUCAAGACAGAGACUGAAGAAUAAAGAAAAUGACCUUUAUUGUCAGCUCACGAAAUCCAAGGAACCUUUAGAGAAGAGCUGUGUAGAUGGAGCUGAAGGGAGGGAGGAGCCACUCCCGCCUGGUACACGACACACAUGUGUAUACACAUGGGUGAAGCAGCGCUGGCCUGUGGCCUCCUGUCCAGAGGAAUGGAAAUAUCCUUUGUCUUUAGCACUUCAUUUUCAUAAUAAAAUCAGCAGUAUGUCAAGAAGUGAUGCAGACAUCACCUGGAGUAGAACGUUAACUUCUGAGAUUUCAGAGGAAAGAGGAAAAGAGGUUUCUGCUCUUCCCAGGGCCCUGUUACUCAGCUGUCCUGUCCCCCACCUGCACAGGUGGAAUUUUUGUGAUUCACUUUCACAAAGACAGUUUGAUGAAGAAUAUUCCUAUGCUGAGCUAGUGAAAGUGGUUUGGUACAAAGGUGUAACUUACCGACUAAACCAUAAAAAUGUGAACUCAAUAGAGAUUUAUCCUGGAGAUGGAUCUGUUUUCAAAUCAGAGGGAGCUUAUUUUGGGAGGUAUUUUACGUAUUAUUCCAUUCAAGAAGGAUCAGAAGAGAGAGAAGAGAAAACUUACUCAGUAAAUAACCUUCCUCCGGACAGACCAGGAAGUCUGUUCUCUGUGUGUUCUCUACUUAAACAGGCAACCAGAAUUCUUCAACACUGUGCCAAGACAAGGCUUUCUUUAAGCCAUAAUUAUCGUAUAUGCUGCUGGAAAAUGGUACCUGGGAUAAAUAAUAGCAGUAUACUGCCUUUGCUUUUGAGAGAAUCAAUCAUACCCAGCGUGGGAAGAUUUCUUGCAUACUCUGAUGACAAAGUACAUGCUGUCUUUUUAGAUGGCAUUACUCUAACCCUAAAUUGGAAUUUCAGCUCUUUUAUUGAAAAGAGACAGGUAAAUCAAGGUCUCGAUUUAGGUUGGUGUAAGUUAACUUUUCCCAAUGGACAAGAUCAGUUAAUUCAAAUUGAACACCCUGGACCAUACGAAAGACUAACCAACUUAGUUUUAUUGGAAAAUAGUGGUAUCCUAAACCAGAUUUCUAACAAAAAAACCAAAGAGUCAUCUGAUCAUUAUGAACCAAAAUCUCCAGAAACCUUGCUGGAAGAAGUUAAUGAAGAGAGAGUAUCAGUGGCAUUGAAAAAAACCUCUGAAAUCCUUCAGGAUAUUGACUGUCUUCUAUCAAGUUCUAAAAAGUGAAAAAUGGAAUUAUUAUAAACCUUAAGGAUGUUGUUUCAACUGACUAGUAUAAAAUUACUAGUAAGCCAAGAAAUUAUAUAUAUUACUUCUGUGCAAUGAUUAUAUAAAAAAUGACAUUUAACUUUGGAGGUUACCUAACUUGUAAAUUUUAAACUAUAUGUUUAUAAUGUAUUUUAUUAAUA